UCGGUGACUUCUUUCUUCCUCCUUUGUUCAUCAAUAAAAAAUGGCGGCUUCAUCACUCUCUUUCUCUCCCAAGACCAUCACUUCCUCACCCAGACCCAAAACCAAUCCGUUUAUCAAUCAUUUCUCGCAUUCACUUCAAUUUCCCAUCGCUUCCUCCACCUCACGCGCCAUCUUCACCAGCCCAACCACCUCCAUAGUUCCACGGGCCUCUUCCGUAAUUUCACGCGCAACUAACGAUGCUGCCAGCACAAACACAAACACAUUUCACGGCCUCUGCUACGUGGUGGGCGACAACAUCGACACUGACCAAAUCAUCCCCGCCGAGUACCUCACAUUAGUCCCGUCCAAGCCCGAGGAAUACGAAAAACUCGGCACCUACGCUUUAAUCGGUCUCCCUUCGACCUACACCACACGCUUCAUUGACGAAAAUGAAACCAAAACAAAAUACAAAAUCGUAAUCGGGGGCGAUAACUUCGGGUGCGGGUCGUCUCGUGAGCACGCGCCGGUGGCAUUGGGAGCGGCUGGAGUUGCGGCGGUUGUUGCGGAGAGCUACGCGAGGAUAUUUUUCAGGAACUCGGUUGCUACGGGGGAAAUUUAUCCGUUGGAAUCGGAGGGAAGGCUUUGUGAAGAGUGUAGGACGGGUGAUGUGGUGACAAUUGAGAUGGCUGAGAGCCGUCUGAUCAAUCACACUACUGGGAAGGAGUAUAAAUUGAAGCCAAUUGGUGAUGCAGGGCCUGUGAUCGAUGCUGGAGGAAUUUUUGCGUACGCGCGAAAGACCGGAAUGAUUCCCAGCCAAAAUUAAGGUAACUUUUUUAACAUUUUAGUUAUUGUUUUUGAAUUUAUGAUGUUUUUAUAAUUAAUGAGGAUGGCUUCGAGUGUUAGUCUAAUAUAUAAUUAGAAAUACAAUCCUAUUUGUGAACAUUUUACAUGAGAAAUGGUCUACUUGAAAUUGAAAUGAAAAGCCCCGAGAACGUCUCCAUUGAGGCUAGUGAAGCGAUGUUUGGUUUUCUGGGUAUCAUGUUAAAUUAAUUACUCUUCAACAGAGCCCUUUUAUUUGAAUACUAUGACUGGUUUUGUUAAUAGUUAGCUUUUUGGGAUACAUAUUAGAAGUUUUAUGGGUUAUUUUUGGGAAAGUUGGAUUGGAGAG